UUGAAUCAACCCCCCCAGCACUACCACCCACUUCCGAGCUCGACUUGAAAGAGACAGACGGACGCAGCGCACAUAACACACCUCCCUCCGGCGUGCCCGUCUCUCCCUCUGUCACCACAGACUCUCCACCGAUUCACCUCCGGCUGCCUCAUCCAGGCAUGGCAGACGGCUUUACCCCAUCAUGGCAGUGCUACAUUACACCCUUGACUUCAAGCUCCGUGCGCCAGCUGAUGUCUCUGCGACUGUGUGUGGCCUGCAGUCUAUAUUUCAAGAGCAGGAAAUGACAGAGAAUGUCCAUGACUCGGAGGGACACGGAUAUCUGGCAACCUUUGUCGGCAAGAAUGGCAGGUUUGCCAUCUUACGAAUGCACUCCCAUGGUCUGGUGACCUUUGACCUGCAGUUUCUUGAAGGGGAUGAUGUAGCGCAAGUGGACAAUCUACUGAAUGCACUGGAGAAGAAACUGAAGGCUCUCCUGGAUGGAAAUAUCCAAAGGAUCAAGAGACUCCCUGCGCUGAUUCGAGGCAGUGAUGUUGACCGAUACUGGCCCACUGCUGACGGCAGGUUGAUGGAGUACGAUAUCGAUGAAGCUGUGUACGAGAAGAAUUCCGCCUACCAGAACAUCAAAAUCUUGCACUCGCGGCAGUUUGGCAAUAUGCUCAUUCUUAAUGGGGAUGUCAAUCUGGCAGAAAGUGAUCUGCCCUACACUCAGGCCAUUAUGGGCAGCGGCAAAGAGCACUAUGCUGGGAAGGAGGUACUUAUUCUGGGAGGAGGAGACGGUGGAAUUCUCCAUGAGGCGGUGAAGCUCAAACCAAAGAUGAUCACCAUGGUUGAGAUUGACGAGUUGGUGAUUGAUGGAUGUAGGAAACACAUGAGAAAGACAUGCGGGAAUGUGUUAGAUAACUUGAAGGGAGAUUGUUAUGAGAUAUUGGUACAAGACUGUGUUCCCGUACUUAAAAAGUUUGCCGAGCAAGGGAGGACCUUUGAUUACGUCAUAAAUGACUUGACAGCUGUCCCUAUAUCUACAGCACCUGAGGAAGAUUCAACAUGGGAGUUCUUGAGACUCAUCCUUGACCUCUCCAUUAGAGUUCUGCGGCCUGGUGGGAAGUACUUCACACAGGGUAAUUGUGUGAAUCUGACUGAUGCGCUCAGUGAAUAUGAAAAGCUUUUGUGCAGACUUUCGUGCAAAGUGGACUUUUCCAAAGAGAUGGUGUGUGUUCCCUCAUAUAUGGAGCUAUGGGUGUUUUACACCAUCUGGAAGAAGUAAUGUCUCUUCCUCCUCCACUCUCUCUCCUCCAAGUCCUGCAGGAAUGUGAAGAUUUCUCCCUCGGGGAGAUGUGCACAUAUCUCUUCAAGCACUGUUUCCGUUUCUACUGUUCCUUCACGUCCAAAAAUGAACAGCCUUCCCAUUUUUAACAUGGCUAUUAGAAUUUGUGUUUGAAAUUUCAUAGAGAUCGUUGUUUUGUUUGUUUGCCAGUAUUGGUUUGAUGUUUGUGUGGAGUCCUCCAGGGAGCGCUGUGUGUGAGACACUGCUGAUGAUACUGAAGGCUGGAGGGCGGCGAAGCAUCCAGACACAUUUCUGACUCCUACUUUUUCGGAUUUGCUCUUUUGAUACAGAUUUUACAAAGUUCUUUGUGUUUUACUGUAGCUCCACAGUUUUUGUUUUCAUUGGCCUUUGUGCUUGAAUUUUUUGCAUCCUUUUGUAACUGUGGCUUGAGUGUGAUUUGAUUUAAUGUUGCUUCACAGAGAGUUUAUUGACAGUGUUGCAUUCUGGGAUUUCACUGAGUAGUCGAUCGAAGCCCCUGAAUAUGUCUUAAAAGGGAAAGUCAUUGCUGUGGCAAUUUUCAUUCUGGUUUUCUUUUUUUCUGAACUGUGAACGUUUAAUUUUUUAAUGAUUGGCACAAACUAGGUCCAAAGUAGGUUUCCCUGCUUGAAAUUGCAAAUAAUUUUUAUUUUAUUUUUUUUAUAGUAAGAAAAAAGUUUUUACUGAAUGUAGGCCACUUAGAUUCAUGCCCUUUUGUCCAUACGGUGCUUCAUUGAUAUUAUUUAUUUGAUUUUAUUUCACCAUAUACCAGUGAUCCUGCCCUGAAAAGUAUAAUCAGCUAAUAAAGCAAUUGAGAAGAAAAA